CGGAGUAAGGAAGAGUUCAUUAUGGGCAAGGAGCGCUGAACGUGAAGGACGUUCGUACAGGUAAACAACCGUCAGACUGAAGGAAAAGAGGCAAUGGCGACGGCUGAGGGAAUACAGAAUUUCAGGAUUGUCUUACUGGGUGGGAGAUGGGCUGGGAAGAGCUCAACUGGAAAUACCAUUCUCCGCAGAAAGGCAUUUGCAGAAGGGAAACAGACUCUCGUGUGUGCCAGAGAAGAGGGGGAGGUGGCUGGGAGGCGAGUCAGUGUGGUGGACACACCAAGCUGGAAUUGGGUUCCUGCAGAAGACACAUCAGAUGAAGUUAAAGAUGAACUUAAAAGGAGCGUGACACUGUUUGAUGAUGGUGGGCCUCAUGCCCUCCUUAUUGUAUAUCCCAUGGGAUCACCAUUUGUAAAAAGACACAGAGUAGCAGUGGAGGAACACUUGGAGCUAAUCGGUGAGAAUGUCUGGAGGCACACCAUAGUGCUCUUCUCCCGAGGAGACUGGCUGGGAGACACAACCAUUGAGGAGCAUAUUGAGAAAGGAGGGAAUGAUCUAAAAUGGCUUGUAGAGAAAUGUGGGAACAGGUACCAUGUUCUCAACAAUAAGAGUGAUGACAUCACUCAAGUCACAGAGCUGCUGGAGAAGAUAGAGGAGCUGGUGAAAGAAGUCCAUGAGAUGCGGGUCAAACGAAGGAAUAGCAGAGAGCCGCCUCCCAACAUGAGUGCAGAAAUCCCAGCCCCAGAAGUUGGUGAACCUUCAACAGGAGGGACUCCAACUGAAGCUAAAACUGACACUGGUGACACCAAGUGAUUCUAAGGAAGACAAAUCCUUUAUAUUUAAGAUGCUGUGUGGGAGGAGGGAGAAGAUGACAUUUGCUUUUUUGGUAAUGAGUUGAUUUUUUAAGGUGUUUAUGUUGCAUAAAGCUUCCUGUGUUUUAAUAAAACAAAGUAGCAGAACUGUGAUCUGGCCCAAAGCUUGAAUGCUUUCAUUUAAAAAUAUAUAUUUGUUUGAAGUUAAAUAACAUACUUUUAGGCCCAUGUAGUAACCUAUUAUCAAACAGACUGUUAAGCAGCUUUGUUCCCAAAUAACAGGGCUUUAUUAGCAGAAAAACUAUCA